GUUUGCUUACUGAUUUUUGGUUCUUGUUUUUAGCUUUGAGAUUCGAACCGAAAUCGUCACCAUCGAAAAGAUUGGUUUUCCAAAGCGAACGCCAGAGAAAGAGAGUGAGAGAGAGCGUUUUAGAUUGUCAGCUUUUAAAAACAGCAACGCAUCUUCUACUUCUUCGUUACAGUCCGUUUCUUUUCUCUUUGCUUUGCUGCAACUUUUGCUUUCGUCGUUGAUUCUCUCCUUUUUCUUGAAAGAUCAGAGGAAGGAGAAUUUCGAAAGUAUUGUCAUCAGAAUCUUAUGGUAAGAAUCUCUUUGUUUGUGUAAUCUGUCCUCGAAUGAGAACCUUGGAGUUGACGUAAUUUAUCUUGUAAGAAACUGUAACCUUUUGGGGCAUUAUGCAUGUCUGGUCCUGUGGCCACUGUUGAAAACGUGGAAGGAGCACUUUCUCGUGCAGAAAGAACAAAAUCUCUUGAUGCAAUUACUGAUAUAGAAAACGGUUCUAUACUAACUAAUGGUGAUGCUGUCCAUAGUUCUGAGACUGCUGGAUUUAGAGUUGGGGAACUCUUGCUUCCCAGUGGGGACUCUUAUUCUGGGUCAUUGCUUGGCAACGUACCAGAAGGUCGAGGAAAGUAUGUUUGGCAAGGUGGUUGUGUGUAUGAGGGGGAGUGGAGCUGUGGGAUGAGGCAUGGGACUGGCAAAAUACAAUGGCCUUGUGGAACUGCUUAUGAUGGUGAAUUCUCAGGUGGUUAUAUGCAUGGUACAGGGACAUAUAUUGGCUCUAACAAAUUGACUUAUAAGGGGAGAUGGAAGUUGAAUCUCAAACAUGGUUUAGGAUAUCAAGUUUAUCCUAAUGGAGAUGUGUUUGAAGGCUCUUGGAUCCAGGGAAUAACAGAAGGUCCUGGAAAAUAUACUUGGGCCAAUGGAAAUGUUUAUCUAGGGAAUAUGAAAGGUGGGAAAAUGUCAGGCAAAGGGACUCUCACUUGGACAAAUGGAGACACCUUUGAAGGAAGCUGGUUAAAUGGAAUGAUGCAUGGAUUUGGAGUUUAUACUUGGAGUGAUGGUGGUUGCUAUUUAGGAACUUGGACACGGGGUUUAAAAGAUGGAAAAGGAUCAUUUUAUCCAAAGGGCAGCCGGCUUCCUGCCUUACAGGGAGUUUACCUCAAUGCUCUCAGAAAAAGAGGAUUGUUACCAGAUUUGAGAAAGCAGAUCCAUGCACAUAUCCACCAUGCUUCUUCUAUAGACAUGGGAAGCAUCAAGGUUGGUGGCAACCGGGUAUCUCAUCGUAAUUCCAAUAAGCUCUCAGAAGGAAACUUAUUAAAUCUUGAGCAGUCUCGCAACAGAAAUGUUUCCCUUGAAAGACGUUGGAGUCUAGAGGUAUCUAUAGAAAAAGUGAUUGGGCACAAUUCAUCAUUAGAGUUAUCUGAUUCUUUUAUAGAAGGGGGAGAAAAGGGGAGCGAAACAAAUGCACCAAUCUUAGAACGUGAAUACAUGCAAGGAGUCUUAAUUAGUGAGCUUGUAUUAAAUAAUAGUUUUUCACCAUCUUCCAGAAGAGCAAAACGGAGACAAAAAAAGUUAGCAAAAGAUAUUAAGAGGCCUGGUGAAACAAUCAUUAAAGGCCACAGAAGUUAUGAUUUAAUGCUCAGCUUGCAGCUUGGAAUCAGGUCUUCACUUAAUUUGCAAUCACAUGGUUUUGGAAAAUCUAUUGCUGAAUAUGAGUUAGAUGUGGCCAGAUACACUGUGGGGAAAAUUACACCUGUACAGAGAAGAGAAGUUAGAGCAUCAGACUUUGGCCCCCGAGCAAGCUUUUGGAUGAAUUUUCCUAAAGAAGGGUCACAAUUGACACCACCCCAUCAAUCAGAAGACUUUAAGUGGAAAGAUUACUGCCCAAUGGUUUUCAGAAAUUUAAGGGAGAUGUUCAAAAUUGAUGCUGCUGACUACAUGAUGUCCAUUUGUGGAAAUGAUGCUCUCAGAGAACUUUCUUCUCCUGGGAAAAGUGGUAGUAUCUUUUUUCUGUCUCAAGAUGACCGUUACAUGAUUAAGACACUCCGGAAAUCUGAAGUAAAGGUUCUUCUAAGAAUGCUUCCAAACUAUCAUCAUCAUGUGAGGUCCUAUGAGAACACACUCAUAACAAAAUUCUUUGGUCUUCACAGAAUCAAACCAUCAAGUGGUCAAAAGUUUCGCUUUGUAGUGAUGGGAAAUAUGUUCUGCACUGAGUUAAGGAUUCAUAGAAGAUUUGACUUGAAAGGAUCAUCCCUAGGGCGUUCCGCAGACAAUGUUGAAAUUGAUGAGAACACAACACUUAAAGAUUUGGAUCUCAACUACUGCUUUUAUUUGGAACCUUCUUGGCAAGAAGCUUUAUUAAGGCAAAUAGAGAUUGACAGUAAAUUUUUGGAAGCACAACGCAUUAUGGAUUAUAGCCUUUUGCUUGGUGUGCAUUACCGAGCACCUCAGCAUUUGAGGUCUCUCAUGUCCUACAACAGAGCAGAUGGAUUGGGAAGUGUUGCAGAGGAAGAAGAGGAUGAAAUCUCCAACUACCCACAAGGCCUUGUAUUGGUCCCCCGUGGGACAGAUGACAAUAGUAUUGUUGCGGGUUCUCAUAUACGGGGAAGACGUUUGCGAGCAUCAGCUGCAGGUGACGAGGAAGUAGAUCUCCUUCUCCCUGGUACAGCAAGACUCCAAAUCCAGCUAGGUGUGAACAUGCCAGCAAGGGCUGAGCAGAUUCCAGGAAAAGAAGAAAACACAUUCCACGAAGCAUAUGACGUUGUUCUGUAUCUUGGUAUCAUCGACAUUUUGCAAGAAUAUAACAUGACCAAGAAGAUUGAACAUGCCUACAAAUCUCUUCAGUUUGAUUCUGUAUCCAUCUCUGCUGUGGACCCCACAUUUUAUUCGCAACGAUUCUUGAACUUUAUUCAGAAGGUAUUUCCCCCAAAUUCCACUAAGAAUUGACUUGAGCUUUGGGUCCCUAUUGUGCCCCUCUUGUGAGCUGUCGAAAGAUGGCAAAUGUUCCCAAUGCUGUGAGUGGGAAUGCUGAAAUACUUGUUGGAGAUGGUCAUGUCCAGUGAUGUAAAGUACUUGUAAAGAUGUGCUCUUAGGGGCCGAUUUUAAUCUUCGUGUAUUAUAGUGAGUUAUAGUUCCCUGCAAUUGUUUUCUUCUGUUUUAUGACACUAUUGGAGCAUAUGCUUCCGGUUCCUGUUCUCUUCUUUGGACCUUAAAUAAGUUUCUUUUUCGUCUUUUUGGUAUA